GCACUCCGCUGCGCCACGACCUGCCCUCCUGUGCACCUCCAGCGCGGCUCCGGACGGCGGCGAGGAUGCGGACUUCUCUGGCUCUCUGCUGCUGCGUCUUUGCGCUGCAAUGCCUCCAGAGCUCGGUGUGUGCUCCGGUGCGAGGAUCCAGCAGGUACAAAGUGGCACCGAUCUCUGAAAAGUUCCCGGAUCUGAAGAAGAGAGGAAAAGUUUCUCACGCUCAGGAUUUGGUCAAGGAGGCGAGUUUGUCAACCAACCGCUCGAUCACGUGGAACCGACCUCGUUGCGGUGUACCGGACUUCCCCACCCAGAAGGACGUGCACUAUCGGGGGCGACACCGCCAGAGACGCUUCGUCCUGCACGGAGGACGUUUGGACAAGACGGCCCUCACCUACAGGAUUGUCCGGUUUCCCUGGCAGAUGGGCGAGCAGAAGGUCCGCCGGGUCUUCAGGGAAGCGCUGAAGAUCUGGAGCGACGUCACACCGCUCACCUUCACUGAGAUCCACAGCGGGAAGGCCGACAUCCGCAUCGACUUCACCAGCUACUGGCACGGAGACAACCUUCCCUUCGACGGCCCGGGUGGGAUCCUCGCUCACGCCUUCUUCCCCAAAACGCACCGACAAGGCGACGUUCACUUCGACUAUCACGAGUCGUGGACCCUCGGAAACCACAUGGGUACAGACCUUCUCCAGGUUGCCGCCCAUGAGUUCGGGCAUGUCCUGGGCCUGCAGCACUCCCGUGAGCCUGGAGCCAUCAUGUCCGCAUUUUAUUCCUUUUCCUACCCACUGAGACUGAGCGAGGACGACAAGCAAGGCAUCCAGUACCUGUACGGAGCUCAUCCGCUAGUCAUGCCCUCGCCGCCGCCGCCGCCACCACCUCCAUCAAACCCAGAGACCAAUGAGAUCUUCCCUAAUUUCCAGCCCGACGCCUGCCAGACGGACUUUGAUGCUGUGUCUAUGAUCCGAGGAGAGCUGUUCUUCUUCAAGGCGGGCUACGUUUGGAGGAUCAGGGACGGGCAUCUGGAGAGCGGUUACCCGGCGCUGGCGUCCCGUCACUGGAGGGGGAUUCCCGACAACAUCGACGCCGCCUUUGAAGACAAGUCAGGGAAUAUUUGGUUCUUUCAAGGUGAGGACUACUGGGUGUUCGACGCUGAGAUGAAGAUCAAAGGGCCGGUGUCCAUCAGGAGUUUGGGUCUGUCGGUGUCGGGGAUCCAGGCGGCGCUGCGCUGGGGCCACGACUCCAACUACAACACCUACUUUUUCAAGUCAGGCAGCUACUGGAGGUUCAGCCCCUGGCAGAACCAGGUCGAGUCCGUCUACCCUCGCAGUAUGCAGGACUGGAGCGGCAUCCCCGACGACGUGGACGCCGCCUUCAGGGACAUCUACGGCUACGCUCACUUCAUCCGAGGACGACAGUAUUGGAAAUUCGACCCCGUUGGCAUGAACUCUUUGGAGGGCUACCCUCGCCACGUCGGCAUGGAUUUUUUCGGCUGUAGAAGCGUGUGAAGUCUUCGCCUGUGGAUAAUCAGAUUUGUUUUGUUUUUCUUUGUUUGACCAUGAAGAGGAGUUUUUGGAACAAAGACGUUUUUAUUGUAUUCGGAUUCAAGAGGACGAGACCUUUAAAUCUGUUUAUGCUUCACUCCAUUUAUUGAUACUCAGAUCAAUUACACCUUCUUCUCAGGAAAAACCAAGUUGUGGUCCCUCAGACUUGGCACCUCCUGUGCAGCUAUGCUCAUAUUUAUUUUGCACAUUUUUGUCACCAUAAGGCUGAGAUCUGGGCCCUGUAUUAAUGAUGUGUUGAUGCUGAUGUGAACUGCACCGCUCUCCUUUCUUUGAGCCUGAAAGUGAGAUUUUCGGUUCACGGGCAGAACCGAUGCAGACUGUCUUACUCUCUGUCGUCAGUGUUUUCCAUUUCAGCUGGUUUGUGUUUUCAUCGCGGACGGACUCGCUGAUUCAAAAGUGUUUGAAGAGUGACAUCAAAGUUAAACCUGCAUUAGCCCAGUGCCUUCUUUACCUAUCAAAUGACUAAACGAUCGACAGUUUUAGCUUCUUUAGGAUGAAGUUGACUUUCCCGCCAACAUGACACGCACGUUCCACUAAUCACAACAUAUAAAACAAAAAGUUCUUUUAUCACACAGACUUUUUGAAACCUGUCAAGAUUUUUUGACAGUUUGAUCAAUCAGCUUUUGAAGAAUUUCAGGUUUCUGGCCCUGAAUUCUGUCUCUCAGGCACUCCCCUGCUGUCCUGUGUCACCAGCAGUCGAGUUUUCAUCCAAAUUUGGUCAAAAUUUUCAAAAAGUAAUCACAAUGAAAUGCAGAGUGAAGUGUGAUUUCAUCUACUAAAGUUAUGAGAUCUUUACGAUUUGGUAAUAGUAGAUGCACCAAUCGUCCAGUGGCCUGCCAUUAAAACUGUUGCAGAACAAGUGUGAACAUCGCACAGAAAUGUGCAUUUAUGUUUGCUUCACGUCUUGAUGAUUUGAAGAAGUUUCUGCACAGAUGUUUCCCUGCUGCUUUUCAGUCACCAGUUUCAUGUUUGUGUUUUUUACUCCAUUGCACUUUAUCGACACCAACUUUUCCACUUCAGCCAGGUGCUAAAAAACUUUGCAAUACUUUGACUUUCUGGUGCUUCCACUCUGUUCAUGCACAAAAACAGAUGCAUGGAAAUUAAUGGAACAAAGAUCUGAGGAGUCCUUGCGUUGCCAAAUGAAGAGCCAGUGCAGACACAGCUCCUACAGCCUUUUUCUUAUCAAUCUUGCAAAUAACAGGCUGCUUUUCCACUGCAGGAACUAAAAGCAGGCAGGAAGUGGUGCAGAUGUUUACAGGAAUGACCCCCAAUGGAUCCUUUAAGGCUUUUCUGCUUCUGUUUCGGUGUAGAGUCCAACAGCUUUGACCACGACGUUGACUCCAAGCGCACCAAAACGACGACUAGUUGUAGUUACUGAACGUAUCUCCGGUUCUCUGUAGGAAACAACAAUAGAGGUUGCUAUGCUGGCCUAGAUGGUGUCUCCUACGUUGUUGAUGGUGAUGUUAGAGAGGGGAUCAAGACGGCAGAAAAAUGGUGCUUGUCGUUUUUUCAGGGCUACUCAGAAGUACCCAUCCUAGAAUUUAAGCUUUAUUCUAGACCGUGAAAUGGUCGACAGGUUCCUGGAGUGGAAAGCAACCUCACGAAACUCGCCACAACCAAAGGUAGCAACCAACAUGCUAGUUAGCUUUGCUGUGCCACUUUCAGGCAGGAACAACUUUCAUGUCCAAAAACACCUGCAAAUACUGUAAUGUUUGACACUACAGUCACAUACUCUGUUUGAAACACAUUUUUCUCGAGACAGAAAGGCCUAAAAGCAACUCAGGUGUGUGUCACUGAAUAUAAAACCCCUGCCCUAAACUGUGUACACAAGAUGGGUGUAGUUACCUCGGUGCCACCCACUGGUUUGUGAAUCGUCGUGUUGAGUUUGGCGUUUGAUCGUCGCCAUCUUGGUUUGUUGAAACGCGACAAGAUCUGACUUUUUUUUUUUUUUAAAUCAUAAAGUCUAGAUAUUUAAAAUGGCAUCUGUGA